AUGGGGCCACAUUGGAAUCCACUGGCAACAGAGAUAGCAGUGGUAUUGGAAGGGGAAGGCAUGGUUCGUGUGGUAUGCGGGAGCAGCAAUAUGGACAAGUUUAAAUGCCAAAACACAAGGUUUAAGGUGAAGCAGGGUGAUUUUUUCAUGGUACCUAGGUUUCGUCCAAUGGCUCAGAUGUCUUUCAACAAUGACUCUCUCGUUUUUCUGGGCUUUAGUACCACAACGAAGAAGACCUAUCCUCAAUUUUUGGCGGGAAAGAGAUCAGUGCUACAGACCAUAGAUAAGCACAUAUUGGCUGCAUCUUUCAAUGUGAGCGACACAACAAUAAAGCAACUUUUGCAUUCUCAGGAAGGACCCAUCAUAUUAGAGUGUGGAUCAUGUGCAGAGGAAGAGGAAAAGAUCAUGAUAGAGGAAGCCAAAGAGAGGGAAGAGGAAAUAAGGAGAGAAGAGCAGGACAGGAGACGGGGUGAAGAGGAAACUAAAAGGAAAGAAGAGCAAAAAAAGAGACAAGAGGAGGAAGCGAGAAAAAGAGAAGAGGAGAAAAGAAGACCGGAAGAGGAAGCUAAAAAGAGAGCAGAGGAGGAAGCCCAAAGGAAAGAACAAGAGAAAAUGAGAGAGGAGGAAGAAGCUAAGAGACAGCGUCAACAACAAGAAGCUAAAGAGGAGGAAGAACAAGCUAGAAGAGAGCAAGAAGAAGAAGCAGAAACAGAGCAGGAACGAGCUAAAAAGGAACAAGAAGAAAUGAAAAGAAAGCACCAACAAGAAGAAGCUAAAAAAGAAGAACAAGCUAGAAGAGAGCAAGGAGAAGAAGCAGAAAUAGAGCAGGAACGAGCUAAAAAGAAACAAGAAAGGGAAAGGAAGUAUCAACAAGAAGAAGCUAGAGAGGAGGAAGAACAAGCUAAAAGAAAGCAAGAAGAAGAAGCAGAAAUAGAGCAGAAACGAGCUAGAGGAGAGCAAGAAGAAAGGGAAAGGAGGCAUCAACAAGAAGAAGUGAAAGAGGAGCAAGAACAAGCCAGAAAACAAGAAGAAGAAGCAAAAAGGGAGAAGGAACAAGAAGAAAAGGAAAGAAAGCGUCAACAAGCUAAAAGAGAAGAAGAACAAGUUAGGAAAGAGCUAGAAGAAGAAGCAGAAAGAGAGCAAGAACGAACUAAAAAGGAACAAGCAGAAAGGAAAAGGAAGUAUCAACAAGAAAAAGCUAAAGAUAAGGAAGAACAAGCUAGAGGAGAGCAAGAAGAAGAAGCAGAAAUAGAGCAGGAACAAGCUAAAAAGAAACAAGAAGAGAGGGAAAGAAAGCAUCAGCAACAAGAAGAAGAAGAAAAGAAAGAACAAGCUAGCAAACGACAAGAAGAAAAGGCAGAAAGGGAGCAAGGGCAAGCUAGAAAGGAACAAAAAGAAAAGGAAGGAAGGCGUCAGCAGGAUGAAGAAGAAGAGCUACAAGAACAAGCUAGGAGACAACAAGAGGAAGAAGCAAAAAAGGAGCAGAAGCAAGGUAGAAAAGAAAAAGAAAAAAGAAAAAGGAGGCAUCAAACAGAAGAAGUAGAAGAAGAGCAAGAACAAGUGAGAAGACAUCAAGAAGAAGAAGCAACCGAGGAACAAGAGCAUGGUAGAAAAGAACAAGAAGAAAGGGAAAGGAGGCAACAAAAGGAAGAAGCAAAACAAAUGCAAGGACAAAAGAAGCAAAAGAGAAGCAAGAACAAGCCAGAAGACAGCAAGAAGAGGAAGCGGAAAAGGAGCAAGACCAAGCUAGAAAGGAACAAGAAGAAAGGGAAAGGACAUGUCAAAAAGAAGAGCAAGAGCAAGACAAAUGACAACGUGAAGAAGAAGCAGAAAAGGAGCAAAAGCAAGCUAGAAAGGAACAAGAAGAAAGGGAAAGGAGGCAUCAACAUGAUGAAGCAAAAGAGGAGUAAGAAUAAGCCAGAAGGCAACAACAAGAAGAAGCAGAGAAGGAGCAAGAGCAAGCCAGAAAUGAACAAGGAGAAAAGAAAAGGAGACGUUCACAAAAACAAGCUAAAAUUGAAGAAGAGCAGGCUAGAAGAAAGCGAGAAGAAGUAG